UUCGUCGCCGACCCGAUUCAUUUCAGAUUUGGUCACUGCGUGCAAGACGUUAGUGUUUUUCUACAAUCAAGUCCAAAAGCAAAUUUUUAAUCCAGAAAAAUGAGGGAAAUCGUACACAUUCAAGCCGGUCAAUGCGGAAACCAGAUUGGAGCUAAAUUCUGGGAAAUUAUUUCUGAUGAACAUGGCAUUGACCCAACAGGAGCUUAUCAUGGAGAUUCAGAUCUUCAAUUAGAAAGAAUCAACGUUUAUUAUAAUGAAGCUUCUGGAGGAAAAUAUGUACCACGUGCGAUCCUGGUCGAUUUGGAACCAGGAACUAUGGAUUCGGUUAGGUCCGGACCAUUCGGACAAAUUUUCCGCCCAGAUAACUUUGUCUUUGGGCAAUCUGGUGCUGGAAAUAAUUGGGCUAAAGGUCAUUACACGGAAGGUGCUGAAUUAGUAGACUCAGUAUUAGAUGUAGUCAGGAAAGAAGCUGAAUCCUGUGAUUGUCUUCAAGGAUUCCAACUUACACACUCAUUAGGGGGUGGAACUGGAUCUGGGAUGGGAACAUUGUUGAUUUCUAAGAUCAGGGAAGAAUAUCCAGAUAGGAUUAUGAAUACAUACUCAGUUGUUCCAUCUCCAAAAGUCUCAGAUACUGUAGUAGAACCAUACAACGCCACACUUUCAGUACAUCAGCUAGUAGAAAACACCGACGAAACUUAUUGCAUUGAUAACGAAGCCCUUUACGACAUCUGCUUUAGAACUUUGAAAUUAACGACCCCAACAUAUGGAGACUUGAAUCAUUUGGUAUCACUUACAAUGUCUGGCGUAACCACGUGUUUACGUUUCCCUGGUCAAUUAAACGCCGAUCUUAGAAAACUCGCAGUCAACAUGGUGCCAUUCCCGCGUCUUCAUUUCUUCAUGCCAGGAUUUGCACCAUUAACCUCAAGAGGCAGCCAACAAUACAGAGCCCUUACAGUACCUGAACUUACCCAACAAAUGUUCGACGCUAAAAACAUGAUGGCAGCUUGUGAUCCACGACACGGAAGAUAUCUUACAGUCGCCGCCGUAUUCAGAGGAAGAAUGUCCAUGAAAGAGGUUGAUGAGCAAAUGCUCAACAUUCAAAACAAAAAUAGCAGCUACUUCGUAGAAUGGAUCCCUAAUAAUGUUAAGACUGCCGUUUGCGACAUCCCACCAAGAGGAUUGAAAAUGUCCGCGACGUUCAUUGGUAACUCCACUGCCAUCCAAGAGUUGUUCAAACGUAUUUCCGAACAAUUCACCGCUAUGUUCCGCAGAAAAGCUUUCUUGCAUUGGUACACUGGUGAGGGUAUGGAUGAAAUGGAAUUCACUGAAGCUGAAUCCAACAUGAACGAUCUGGUCUCUGAAUAUCAACAAUACCAAGAAGCUACCGCCGACGAAGACGCUGAAUUCGAUGAAGAACAAGAGGCUGAAGUAGAUGAAAAUUAAUUUGGGUUCAUUUUAACAUCGCACUUGAUCUGAAAUCGCUUAAUAAUAUUUUUUACUCUGUAUCGUUCGCGAAUUAUACAUGCGUAUGUUUUUGUACAGUCUUUACAUUCCUUUGUAAAUUGAAUACAUUACUUAACUUAUCAAGACUGACUUUGUUUUUGGAUCAGUUCUAUAUACGUUUUUUAUUCUCUCUAUUUUCCCCAGUGCUAUAGUCUUUUAUUAUUUAUAACAAAUUUUUUUUGCAUCUUUUGUUUGAGUGAAAAGAUUUAGGCAUUAAAAAGUUGCUGCCUUUGA